AUGUCGCUUUCUAAAGAAGAGAAGAGAUGGAUAGUUGUAGGGAUUACCAUGAACAAAGUUGCUGCUCCUGUUUUACGGGAUGCGGUCAAACAAGGAAUGGAGACUCAUCAUGCAAACCUGGACAAGCACUGUCAAGGACUGGCCCCAUCUUGUACUUUACAGUCAUUAACUCAUGCUGUGGUCAAAUCACCUGCAUCCAUCUUUCGAAAUUUGAAGUUUCGAAAUAUUAAUGACAAUGAAAAUUUACAUGGAACAGCCGAAAGGAAAUAUAACUAUAAGAUAAAUGACUCCAUAGAUUUGGCCAAGUUAUAUCUGCCUGGGUAUCUGGCUCAGUUUUCAGCCUUUGAAGCGCUGGACAUGACUGCCAUCCUUCGCCUCUUGGGAUAUAACAACUAUGUUCCGACCAGUGUGUUCCACUCAGACACCCAGAAUUCAGCAGAUGAUGUCAGGGAAAAUGUCAGAAACAAAUGGGGCCAUUAUAAUGAAACCGAGUGGACAGACACCUUCUUCCACGAUUGCUUUGACAAAAUGAAAACAUUGGUUAAGAGUCUGGGACUGACAGCAGAUGUGGAGGAAAACACUUUGGCUCAAUUUGUUGAAUGGCAAAGCAAAGGUAAAUUCUCUCAACCAAGAUUGCAUAUGACAAAAAUUGCAGAUACAACUGGAAGUGUUUGGGCUGUAUAUUGUCCCUUUUUAUGAUGAAAACCCUCCGUCAAAUGCAGUUAGUUGUUCAGUCAACGCAUUCUAUGCCACACGAAUCCGCCCCACCUCGAAACGCUUACAUGGCAAAAAUUGACCCCGUCUGAGAUCCGGCCUGGAAGACCGGGCAACCCGCCUCGGCAGGUCAUCCCACCUAUCAUAAUUAAUAGACCUUUUUACCGAUACGGCGGCCAUAUUGAAAUUAUUAGAUUUAAGGAGUAUUAUGGGAUGCCCAGGGGGUACUCGCUCAGUAUUUAAGCGCGCUUUUCGGGCAAAGAGAGAACUUGCAUGUAUAUUUCUCGGGAAAAAGGCGAUCAUUAUUAUAUCCAAACUCGGCACAAUGAUCUUUUUUUCCAUUACAAUGAUUUUGUAGGAAAACUUAAAGAAAACUUAAAGAAAAAUUGGCCCGAAAAGCGCGUGUAUAUACUGAUGCGAGAAUAUCAGACCGUGUUCAUCCUCCCUGGGCAUCCCAUAAUACUCCUUAAAUCCAAUUAAUUCAAUAUGGCCGUCGUAUUAGUAAAAAGGUCUAUUGUGAUUGAAAUGAGAGAUUAUAUGGACAGGCGGGUUACCCCACCUAAGCGGGUUACUUCACCUACCUAGCUACCCCACCUCCAUAUAAACAGGUCCUUACUUUAAGUAGCCACAUAACUGCGAAGAGAGAAUUUACUGUCGUUAAUUUUGUUUGCUUUCUUUGAUUAAGUCUUUUUUAAAAUACUUAAAGUUUACCUUUACCGGCCGUAAACAACCUGUCGUUAUUCACUGGGCGUUAAGGUAUUUUGCCAAGUCAUAAAUGUAAUAAGCCUCCAAACUGUAAUCAACCUGAACUCCUGACAAAGCCGCCUGAUCCACCUGUGUAACUUUUGGAAGUGAUUUAAAAGUAUUAGAAUAAGCUUUAGUUGCCACCCUCAGUUGUCUGUAAUUUGACUCACUGGAACGUGAAGUAAUCUCUGAAUUAUUCAGUACAAAUUAAAGAACACGCAGAAUAACUUACAAGACAAUGAUUUCGAACUACCAAGAGACGAUACUGUAGUUCCGAUAUGGCACACACUCUAUAAAAUACUUGGGGCUUCUCAUUUGGUCUAAGCUACCCAGAAAUCCAGGAAGUGCCGAAAGUUUUAAUUCAUUCAAGAGGAAUAUCAGGAAAUUCGACCUUUCCAGACUCGUGAACUAAUAUUCACAUGUAUCACCAGUAUAGUCACAAUAAACUGCAGAAAAAGAUGCUUAGAAAGAAAUAUAGAACGUAUAUAGUCUAUGUUUUUCUUUUUUUUGCAAUUUUUACUAGGGGUAUUAAUAAUGUAUAUAGUCUUUGUGUCCCCAUUAGCUGCAAAGGUCAAUACAUCUAUACUUACAUAACGUUUUCGUUCUAUCACUCAUUCAUCUGUAUUGCUUCGCUAGCUUAGGCGUAAACAAGAGUGCAUUGUAAACGUGUUCGUGUAAACUAGAAAUUAAACUAGAAACAAGUGUCUCGCAGAACUUGCCAAAGCUGAGGGGAAAGGAUCAAUAGAAGGAAAUAAAUAGGGGGAGGGAGGAAGCCAAUAAAAGAAAGAAAAAGGUACAUUGUCGGGACUCGAACCCAGGAAUGAAGUAGAAAAGGGCGGCAGCUUUGUCAUCAAAACCUACGUCAGUGUUAAGUUCGAUUCGGUCAAAAGGUUCCGUUUAAGAAAAAGAAAUGAACAUUUCUUAAACGGUUGGAGGUUCAAAUUGUGGUGGCAUAAAGAUGGUUAUAUAAGGCCGAUUAAGGGCUACAUAAGCUAAAUAUCAAUUGUAAUUAUGAACAGAACGUACCUCUACACGACACCCAGUGCUCAACAAAAAUGGUAAAAGUCAUAAAAAUUCGCUGUAGAAGCUUAUAGAAUACAUGAAUGUUUUUUUUUCAACAGGUUGUCAGUUGAUCAUGGGUAAUAACGUAGACAGAGAGCUUCUCCAGUCAAUACUAUGUGAAGUGAAAGUACUCGUCAAUGUAUUCACGACCAUCCAAUCGCAACUGGGAAAUCGGCUUCCAGAGGCAAAGAAAGAAGAGGUUCCAGAUGUCUUGCCCAGACUGCAGUCGUUCGAACAACAGUUGAGCAGGGGUUUAGCGUUAGAAGGUUUGAAAGGUUGGGUAGAGACGCUUCUCUGGUUAGGGAUUCCUCUUGGGGUCCCUUUUUGGCUCCCUGCAUGGCUCUCUUUUUGGCGUAGAUAAUUACCAUAAAAGAGGUUCAUAACAAUACAGCUCAAUUUAAAACUUUCCUACCAAGAAAAUGAGUAUGCCUUCUUAAAACUAACAAAAGGUCGCUGUUUGUGCACUUUUCUGAUAAGGCUUUCAAGC